CAGCUUGUGCGAAAAACUUCAUCGAUCGCCUGUUCUCUCUUCCACUCUCAACACUUCGCUUUUUUAUUGCAUGCGAACCGUACAAGCAAUUUCCGGACUCGUCACAAGUCGCUUUUUCGGCACAUCCACUAGAAUCAUGGCUAGCGGAAAGACUUUGAACACCUCCAACAUCAAUCCAAAUGUUAUCAAGAUGGAGUAUGCUGUUCGUGGACCAAUCGUGAUCCGUGCCGUGGAGCUUGAAAAAGAGCUUGCGACCGGUGCUCAGAAGCCAUUCCCAAAUGUCAUCAAGGCUAAUAUUGGAGAUGCUCAUGCUAUGGGUCAAAAGCCGAUUACUUUCAUUCGCCAGCUCCUCGCGUGUAUUGUCAACCCAGAGAUCAUGAAAACGGACAAAUCAAUUCCAUCUGAUGUUAUCGAACAUGCAAAUGCAUUCCUUGGAAGUUGUGGAGGAAAAUCCGCUGGAGCAUACAGUCAGAGUACGGGAGUGGAAAUUGUACGAAAACACGUGGCAGAGUAUAUUAAGAGACGUGAUGGAGGAAUUCCAUGCAAUUCAGAAGAUGUCUGCUUGUCUGGAGGAGCUUCUGAAUCAAUCCGAAAUGUUCUCAAACUUUUUAUCAAUCAUAACAACGCAAAGAAAGUCGGAGUCAUGAUUCCAAUUCCACAAUAUCCACUCUAUUCUGCCACUAUCGAAGAAUUCGGACUUGGACAAGUUGGAUACUAUUUGAGUGAAUCGUCUAAUUGGUCCAUGGAUGAAGCUGAACUUGAAAGAUCUUUCAAUGAUCACUGCAAAGAAUACGAUAUUCGAGUUUUGUGUAUCAUCAAUCCAGGAAAUCCUACCGGACAAGCACUUUCUCGUGAAAAUAUUGAGACUAUCAUCAAGUUUGCACAAAAGAAGAACCUGUUCCUUAUGGCUGAUGAGGUUUAUCAAGACAACGUCUACGCUCAAGGAUCGCAAUUCCAUUCAUUCAAGAAGGUUCUUGUGGAGAUGGGAGAGCCAUACAAUAAAAUGGAAUUGGCUUCUUUCCAUUCGGUAUCCAAAGGAUACAUGGGAGAAUGCGGAAUGCGUGGAGGAUAUGUUGAAUUCUUGAAUCUCGACCCAGAAGUGUAUGUCCUUUUCAAAAAAAUGAUCUCUGCCAAAUUGUGCUCCACAGUACUCGGACAAGCCGUCAUUGAUGCCGUUGUGAAUCCACCAAAGGAAGGAGAUGCAUCGUAUGCUCUGUGGAAACAAGAAAAGGAUGCAGUACUUGCUUCUCUUAAGGAACGUGCUACACUCGUCGAGAAGGCAUACAGUAGCAUUGAUGGAAUCAGCUGUAAUCCAGUUCAAGGAGCCAUGUACGCUUUCCCGCAAAUCACGAUUCCACAGAGAGCUGUUGAAAAAGCUCAGUCUUUGAACCAACAACCUGAUUUCUUCUAUGCUAUGCAACUUCUUGAGACCACCGGAAUCUGUAUCGUGCCAGGAAGUGGAUUUGGACAAAAAGACGGAACUUAUCAUUUCAGAACGACAAUUCUUCCACAGCCAGAACUCUUCAAAGACAUGCUCUCCCGGUUCACUGAUUUCCACCAAAAAUUCCUUGCCGAAUACAAGUAGACUUUGAACAAUGUCUAAUAUUCUUCUUUUCUCAAUUUUCUCAGCUUUUUUUCUUCUAUGUCACUUUUUGUUUCAUAGCCAAUAUGAUAGGGUCUAAAUGCGUUUACUGUGUAGAUUCGAUUAAUUUUAAUUAUUGCAUUGAUGAAUUUUAACAUU